GGCAAUCAUUGAUUCGGCAUGAACCCUCUCCUCCCAUCACCCGAUCGGCAUCGCCGGUUUCCACAGACCCGUUGCCACCAACACACCGCCGACACCCGCCCUUGCGACAGCGAUGGAGCCUGCAGAGGCCGUGUCGAUGGAGUCCUUCCAGGGACAGAAAGAAAACAUCCGUCCGCUCAGGCAGGGCCGAAGAGCCGCCGCGCUUGGCGGAUUCGGUGAAGACCCAACCGCAACCAAAAUCAAGCUCGAGGCCCGUCGGGCUCAGAUGGAGCAAGAGCUCGCUGCCGCGCCUGCCGACCUGGACGACCCCUUUGAGCCGCAUCUCAAGUACAUCCAGUGGCUCAACGAGAACUAUGCCUCGGGCACCACACACCUCAUGGCUGCGAUCGAGAAUGCUGUGCGGCUCUUUCGCAAGGACCCACGCUACCAGAACGACAUCCGGUACCUCAACAUCUGGAUGAUGGCUGUUGAGCACUCCUCUGACCCGCACGGCAUGUUCAAGUACCUCAGUGUCAACAAGAUUGGUCUGGUCUUUACUCUGUUUUACGAAAAGUACGCUCUGCUCCUCGAGAGCGAGAAGAGAUGGGACGAUGCCGACGCCAUUUACACCACCGGCAUCCGGCGCAGCGCCCAGCCCCUGGACCGGCUGAAGCGGCUUUAUGCCGAGUUUGUUCAUCGCAAGAAUGAGCACGCCGCCCAGGCAGAGUUUGAAAAGUCCCAGGGCAUCGCUGACGACUCCAUCGCCCGCCCGUCGCUUACUGUCCUCCACGAGGAUGCAGAAGUCGUUCAGCCUCGCAACACUCAGCACCGCCCGACUCUUGGCUCCCAGGGCAACCGGGCUGCCCUUGGUCCAAGUAGAUCAGCCCAGUCUGCUGCCGAUCGCACAGGGGCGUCGAAUCAGAGACUACAGGUCUAUGAAGAUCAACCCGAUGAUGACGACCACGGACGAGACCGCGUCUUGUUGCCCUCGGCCGAGUCAUCCAAUGCAUGGGACGACUACGGCGCCAAGCGCUCGAUCACAAAGGAAAACUACCGAGAGUCAAGCAAAUGGAAAGGAUCCACCCUCCCACAGAAGCUAAAGCCCGCCCCGUCCAGCGCCAAGAUCGAGGUCUUCCAGGAUGACGAGGAGGACGAACAGAACGAAAGUGCACCCAAACCAGCAGCUGCUGGCUUUAUGCGUAAGCCCCUGGCUCCGGUUGCUGCCACUGCACCCAAAGAUGCACUGAUCGAUUGCAUCGACGAGUCCAUGAGCUCCGAAGCCGACAGCAGCGUCCCUGCCAAAGCAGCUCCCAACAAGCCAGCGGCAUCAGCGUUGUCCGGCGGCAGUAGGCCAGCCGCGAAUGGAGCUGCAGACAAGUCCGGCGAGCCCAGCAAACCAGCGGGCCGUUCCGAAAAGCCCCCAGAGGUCAUGACAACCAACCUGGAGCUCUUUUGCGACGAAGCGAGCCAGAACUGGAUCAGUAUGGAGGAGCUUCGCGCCACACAAUACACGGUGGAGCCGCCCAAGCCCGAUCCAAUCCAGCAGCUUUUCACCCCCAAGAAGGCAUCGGCUCGCAUGGCAGCGACUCCGCGAACACCUCUGGACCAGCGACACGAGUCGCCAUUCGCGGAGAUGAAGAGCUUUGAGGCUCCGCUUCUGGACUCGCCUGUGGUCCAGAUUUCGUUCCAGACAUACGGCACCAUCGAUGACACGAUUGCGCGGACCCGGCCCAAGCUCAAGUCCUCGGUCAUUUCCUCACCCACAAUCAACACCCGCGCGGCCCUGGACGAUGUCAUGGAGAUGUUCAACGGCCCACCGGUCGAGCUGGGAUUGCCACACGCUAGCGCAGCCAGCGAGCACGCGGGCCACGGCAUGUCCACUACAUUCGAUCAGGCCGAUAACGAAUCCGAGCGCGAGUACUUGCAUGAUUCCGAAGACGAGACCAUCUCGGCACAGGUCUACCGCCCUGCCGCAAGCCAGUUUCAGAUUUGCAAGGACGACACCGAGGUUAUUCCGAUGGCGGCUCGCCAGUUUGGCGCAGGCCGAAGAUCACUCGUGCCUGCGACCGAUCGCCCCUCGCCGCCAGAGACUGGACGAUCGUCCUUCUCGGGCCAGGCGAAGAGAGACAGCGGCGGCUCGUCGCGAUCUUCGCUGCCCUUCGUGGCAUACUCGGACCCUCAGUCGGCGAACGAAAGCUGCGCAAGCCCCGAGUAUCGCUCGGAUCGAAAGGUCUUUCCUGAAGUGUACUCCUCGCCCCAGCAACACCUUCAGCCGCACGACCAUCCCUUUGACGAAAACAAUGUGGCCUCCACAUCCAAACCCGCUGGUUUCAGACGAGCCUUUGGCACCGUGCUCCAGGCCAGACACACUAGUGCUGAUUCGAGCGGCUCUCCACUCCAGCAACGCGGCGGGUCUCAGGAACCCAUGUUGCAGCAGCAACCAAUGCUCUACCAAAACCUGGAUGACGACGGUGCAUCGCCGCUCCAUGAGACUGCCAAGACCCCGCUCCAGUCGCUCCGCCGUCGCCCUCGGGAAUCUGCAUAUGUGGGCACAAUGACCCCGAUUGCCGAAGUCAGUAUCCUCGGAGCCAACUCCAGCACUGUCCGCAGCAGCCGAAUCUUUGGUCCGGAAGAGGGCACAGCGCCCUUCAACCUGACGAUGAGCACCAUCACACGCACACACAGUCAUAGUCACGACGAAAUUACCUUCAAUACUGGGGGUGACGACGACGACGCUGUGCGCAAGAGCGAUGGAGAUGACGAGGACGAUGGGCUUUGGCAAGAUUCCUUGGGCUCCAACAAAGUCCUUGACACGAUUGUGCUCCAGCAGCAGCAACAACGACAGCAACAACGACAGCAACAACGACAGCAACAGCAGGACGAAGCUUCCAGGAGCGAACGCUGCUCGAUCGCACCUUCGCUCGAUCAGGACAUGACCAAGCUAUCGUUGCUGAACGAGCUCGAGCAAACGCACAGCUCCAUUCCUCGACAAUCGCUCGGCACAAGAGUUAGUCUGUCUGCAUCCGAACGGUUUGGUGCUCGAGGUGCCCAUCCCGACGACGCGGAUGCUUACGAUUAUGUCUCGGUCGAGAAUCCCUGCGAUCCACGCACGGCCCGCGUUCAGCUGCUGAUGUUGAACUUUCUCCAAGAAACCCUGGUCACCUGGGACGACCUGCACGAUUGCCGGAGAGCAGAGUCGCAGCAGCUGCGCCGCUCGCUCGACGGUCUUGUGCACUCCAAGAGGGCCCUGGAGCUGCCAAACGCCGAGGAGUUGCAAUGUGUCAAGAAGCUGGGCGAGGGAGGCUACGGCGUGGUUUACCUGGUUUCCAGCGCCUCCGCGCCUCGGGGCAGCUCGCCAAGCGAUGCCGACCACAGCUUCGAGCAGCCGACACCGUUCUCUGCGAUUAAAAUCCAGUCGCCUCCAUCACCAAUGGAGUUUUACAACCUCAAGACGCUCCGCCAACGACUGCCAGAGCGAAUCCUGAGCUCGGUUGUGGCGCCAAUCUCGCUGCAUGCCUUUCAGGACGAGUCGGUCUUCCGGAUGGAGUACAUCAACCAGGGGAGCAUCCUGGACUGCGUCAACCGCCAGGGCGGCCAGGGGCUCGAGGAGCACCUGGCAACGUUCUUUGCGAUCGAGAUCCUGCGGACGAUCGAAGUAGUUCAUGCAGCCGGUAUGGUCCAUGGCGACAUCAAGCCCGACAACAUCCUGCUGCGGCUGCAAUCGGUGCGCAACAUGGACGAGUGGGAUCCGGUCUACCGGCCGGAUGGCUCGCACGAGUGGAGCCGCAUGGGCAUCAAGCUCAUCGACUGGGGAACCGGCAUCGACCUGGGGCUGUUCCCAGAAGACCAAGCAUUUGCCUUUGACCCGAUGGACAGCUACGAGUCGGCAAUCAUCGGCACAGGCAACCGGAACGCCAAAGCAGACCCAAGCAUCGAGAGCUGGGAGGUGCGCAACGGCAUGCCCUGGAAGUACGAUGCCGACUGGUACGGUGCGGGCGGAUGCAUUCACGUGCUCCUCUUUGGCAAGUACAUGGAGGUGGCCGAGGAACAGGGCCGCAGCUACGACCGGCCUACGAUCAAGGUCGCCGGAUCGCACUUCCGGCGGUACUGGGCUCCGCAUUGGAAGCCGCUGUUUGACCUGCUGCUGAACUCGGGGGCUCACAACGAGUGGCUGCUGCGCCAAAUCCAAGAUCGACGGGCAAGCCUACCGAGCAUCGGACCGGAUGUGAGCGACAGCAAUCUCCAGUGCGAGACACUGGACUACCCAGAGUACGAGCGGAUCUUUCCGGUUGUGCGCAAGAUCCGCGGCCUGCGCAAGGACAUGGAGACGUGGCUGCAAGAGAACUCGUCCAAGAGCGGCAAGCGCAUCCGAUCGAUGCUCAAGGCGCUCCGGGACGAUCUCAAGAAGAAGAACUGAGUCUUGGCGAUUGGGUGUGGUGACUGGGGGAGUAGAGCGGGGCGGGGGCUAAAUCUGAUAGGACCUAUGCGUUCGCUUAUGCAUGUCCUGAACAAACACAGUGUAUCAACG